AUCUCUGAAGAAGACGGUCGGCAGCAUGGACCCAUUUGUCGUCCAUGUUUGGAAGAUCUCCAGAUUAGCAACAUCCCUGUUCAUUCAUUGGUCAAUGGCCUUUGGGUGGGAGCGAUACCCGAUGUUCUUUCCAUUCUUAAUCUUCCCGAGCGACUUCUCAUUGCUCUGUAUUUUCCUGCUGUUUAUGUUCUCAAGUUGUAUCCGCAACGAAAAGGAGCUAAGCAGUGGGAUUCUACGUCUCUGAAUAGUGGUGUUCGGGGGAAUGUUUCGACUUAUCAGUUGAAUACACCUGACAUUGCUAGGAUGAUUGAGGGCGAUUUAAUGCCACACAAACCUGUUAUACUCGCUGCCAUGGUUGCGGUCACCAUCAUUGGUCCUAGUAAACUCCCAGUGAAGUCGCUGCCAUCAUUUUUGUCCGUUAGUCGACUUCGCAUCAAGGCUGCGUUGUCAUUUUUGAAACGCGAGAACCAUCUAUAUCAGAAUAUCGUGAUCUCGGAUGACCAUCUAUCGCUUUUGCCGGAGGAAGGUAUCCCUGAGGAUCUA